AUGGAGAAACGGUUUUAUGCACUAAGAGCUUCCGAUAUUAUAAGGCUAGCGUUUCAGCUAGCUAUCCAGAACGGGCUACAACACCCUUUUUUUAUGAUGAAAUCAAGUGCAGGAAAAAAGUGGCAAAAAGGGUUUUUAAAGAGACAUCCUAAACUGAGUUUUAGAAAGCCACAGGGUGUAUCUGCAGCUCGCAUAAAAUGGUUUACUCGAGAAAAUUGCGCGGCUUUUUUUGAUGAUAUAGGCAUUACAACUGUUCAACACAAACAUUCAAGGGUUCUCAGCUUACGAGGUAAAAGGAAAGUUGAGGCAUUGACGACAUCCGAAACGGGAGCUCUUGUUACUGUAGUGACUUGUAUGAGCGCUACCGGAAUAUAUGUGCCAUCUAUGCUAGUAUUUCCUAGAAAAAAUAUGAAGCCUGAACUUCUAAAUGGAGCACCGCCAGGAACGAUCGCCAGAUGUCAUCCUUCCGCAAAGGGCGAUCCAGUGGUUUUAAUAUUAGACGGGCACUACUCUCAUACGUGCAACAUCCCUUUAAUUGAUUUAGCAAGGGAAAACUAUGUGCAUAUUUUAUGUCUACCUCCUCAUUCGACACAUAAGAUACAACCCCUAGACGUAGCUUUUAUGUCUCCAUUUAAAAUAUAUUAUGCAUUGGAGAUUGAGUCAUGGCUCAAAAAUAACCCAGGAAGGGUGGUAACUCACUAUCAGGUCGCUGAGCUGCUAGGGAGAGCACAGCUACGUGCUGCAAGCUGCUUAGAAAAUGUGGAAUUUUUCCGCUCAACAGGCAUAACCCCGCCACCACCCCAAAAACUUGAUGAGAAGAGGCCAGAAUCGGAGGAAAUAGAAAGCGAAGAUGAAAUACCUCUAUCUUCUAUGAGGGACAGGAUUAAAACACCUGAUGCUAUCCCCACAAAACCGUUAAUAAAUAGCUUGACCACUCCUUCUACAAACAGAAAGCUGGUGAAACCGACAGAUAUCAGCCCUAUGUUGCUUGUACACGUCCGGAUCUACGAAUAA